AUGCGUCACUACCAGCUCGGGGGGGGUGGCGGCACCGGCGAUAGCGAGAGCCAGCAGCUGAUAAGCAACUUCCCGGGUGUCCUACAGGGUGAUGAGCAAUCUUAUGGCCCCUUGAUGAAGCGGAUUUUCAUUUCUGCCAACUCCAGAAGAGUACAUAAACUGGACGAAUCGGGUCUCUUUCGCUGA